ACAUGAAAAUAUAACAUUUAUUUAUUUUUGUAUGAAUUGUAUUGUGAUUUGUAAAGUUUUUUUUAUAUACUUUUAUAUACAUUUUGUUGAAUAUAAACGAUUUUCAUAAUGCAAGUUCACGAAGGUGAUGUUGUUUUACCCGGUGAUAUAGCAGUUGACAUACCAAAAUGUGCAUCCACAACAAAGGUUGUACUAGGUCCAGGUUUAUACAAUGAAAAUGACACCGUUUUAAUUAAUAAAUGUGGCAUAUUACGAAAAAAAUCCCCAAACACAUAUUGGGUAGACUGUCAGCAGAAACGAUAUAUUCCUAGUAGAGGUGAAACUGUCUUGGGAACUGUUGUAAAUAAAGGAGGAGAUGUUUUUAAAGUGGACAUAGGAGCUAGUGAACAUGCAUCGUUAUCAUAUUUAGCUUUCGAGGGAGCAACUAAAAAGAAUCGACCUGAUGUAAAUAUAGGUGAUGUAAUAUUUGCAAAAUUACUCAUCGCAAGCAGAGAUCUAGAACCUGAAUUAGUUUGUGUUGAUUCUCAUGGGAAGAAAGGAAAAUUAGGAGUUGUAUCAGAUGGUUUUGUUUUUAAUUGCAGUCUGAAUUUGGUUCGGAAAAUCUUGAACCCCAAAUGUCCCUUACUGAAAGCACUUGCUAAGGAAUAUCCUUAUGAAAUUGCAGCUGGUAUGAAUGGAAAGAUUUGGAUCAAAGCUAGAAGCACAAGAGAAACGAUAGCAAUUGCAAAUGCUAUUUUAGCAGCUGAGUUUGUUGUUGAAGAAGAAAUUGUUAAAAUGUGUGAAAAUGUUGCUCUAUCAGCAGCUGGAUUUUAAUUUUUUACUUUUAUAUAUUUACAUCAAUCAAUGAUGAUAGUAUACCUCAUACUCUAAAAUUAAUGGAUGAAAUAUUGCAUUCUCAGUUAGAAUUAGUACGAAAUAUUGCAUUAUUGGAUGCACUGGAUGAAUUAGAUAUUCGUAAUGAGGAUGAUGUACUUGCUUUAUCAGAGGAAUUUAGAGAUGUUUUAGAAAGGGAGAGUGAAAUUCGAGAACAAGCUAAACGAAAGCCUGCCAUUUUGGAUCGUUUGUAUGGUAUCAUAACCGAUUUGUAUGUGGACCAGCAUAAGUUUAAAGGAGUCACAGUUAAAAAUAGUAUAUCAUCAUUAACAAAAAUCUUGGAUAAAUAUGAUUUGAAAACACUGAUUGACUUUUUUGAGGCAC